ACACAUAUUAUAUUUAGACUUGUAAUUUAAAACUACUUGUUUAUUAUAAAGACGUCCAUUUGACCUCAGUAGUGUAUUGUUAUGAUGAAUGAAGAAUGGCGGACGUUGUCAUAUUACGAUAUUUGUUCACAUUUCUAUUGAUAAAUGCUUGCUGUGCAGGUCUACCUGGCUUGGACGAAGAUGAGGUGUCAGGCAGCACACAGGAGCCUGAAUCACAGCAUAAUGAUGACCCGAUCACAAUUGAAAAGAUGAUGGUACAACAACCUAGGAGGAGAAAAUUUCAAAAAAGGUACAAAUGCCAUCAAUGUGAGCCGCCGGAAUGUGGAUCAUCGAAAGAGGAGAUAUGCCACGACGCGCUGUACUGCUACAAGUCGUCGGUGCGCGCCUCCGACGGAGAGCUGCGCCACUCGCGCGGGUGCUCCACGCAGAGGGACCACUACCAGUUCACCUGUAGGACUAAUACUCCGCAGCAGAGCCUCCGCAAGCGGCACGCGGGUCUGCACAACAUCUCGUGUUGCCAGGGCGACCUGUGCAACGCGGGCUCGUUCCCGUUGCUGGCGCCGCCGGGCGACACGGCCAUCGAGCCGCUGCCCACCAACGCAUGGAAGCUGUGGGCCAGUGUAGCUGCCUCCGUGUUCGUCGUCAGCGCUAUUGGAGCCAUGGCCAUCUUCGUACUGCGCCGGAGUCAUAGACUGCGCGUCUCCCGCGCGGCGCUGCACAAGCUGGGCGCGGACUCCAACUACUUCUCCUCCAACAUGUACAGUCCACACGUCACCAGCGCGUUCUAUGAAGGCGUAGAAGGGUCCCAGAACGGCAGCGGUCUCCGCGCGACGGCGGCCGGGGACUCGACGCUGCGCGAGUACCUGGAGUGGUCCGUCACCAGCGGCUCGGGCUCCGGCCUGCCCCUCAUGGUGCAGCGGACGCUCGCCAAGCAGGUCUCGCUCUGCGAAUGUGUCGGGAAGGGUCGUUACGGCGAGGUAUGGCGCGGGUCGUGGUACGCAGACAGCGUGGCGGUGAAGAUAUUCUUCUCCCGGGACGAGGCCAGCUGGCGCCGCGAGACCGAGAUCUACUCCACCGUGCUACUGCGCCACGAGAAUAUACUCGCCUACAUCGGGAGCGAUAUGACCAGCAGGGGCAGUUGUACACAGUUAUGGCUGAUCACCCACUUCCACCCGCUGGGGUCGCUGUACGAGCACCUGAACCGGACCACUCUCACGAGACACCAGAUGAUGGCCAUCUGUCUGUCCACCAUCAACGGACUGCUGCAUCUGCACACCGAGAUACAUGGCACACAGGGUAAGCCGGCGAUCGCCCACCGCGACAUAAAAACGAAGAACAUCCUGGUGAAGGUGAACGGCGAGUGUUGCAUCGCGGACCUGGGGCUGGGCGUGACGCGCGCGCAGCUGGCCGCCGGCCUGCAGCAUAACCCGCGCCAGGGGACCAAGCGGUACAUGAGCCCAGAGAUGCUGGACCAGAGCAUCAACACGACAUGCCUAGAGUCGUUCCUGAAGUGCGACGUGUACGCCGUAGCGCUGGUACUGUGGGAGGUAUGUCGGCGCGUGUCCCCGGCGGCGCGCGAGUACCGCCCGCCCUACUUCGAGCUGGCCGCCGCAGACCCCAGCUUCGACGACAUGCGCAAGAUCGUCUGCGUCGACGCUGCUAGACCUGAACCGCCUGAUGAUCCGCAUCCCACAAUGGUGGGCAUGUCCCAGUUAAUGCGCGAGUGUUGGCACCAGAACGCGUCGGUCCGCCUGCCCGCGCUGCGCAUCAAGAAGACUCUCCUCAAGCUGGCUGCCGCAGACAACUCCAUCAGACUCAACGAGGACAAUGAAGUCUCCGUAUAAACUACACCUACACACAGGUACAUACUUGUAACUAUUAUAGAAAAAAAAGGAAAUGGGUCUAAGUAAGGUCUUGUACGGUACAAGCGAAGGCUUAUUAGGCCUUAAACAGUGAACAAUAAUAUUAAAAUUUGUGACUCGUCUGUAAAAUCUAUCAAGGAACAAGCAAAGGCUUUAAACUGAGACCUAGCUAUCAAUGGACAUUAAAUAAAUGAAUUAUUAUAUAAAUUAGUGACUUGUCUGUAAAAUUGACUAUUUGAAAUUGAAGUGACUACAAAUUGUUGAUUGACAAUCAUAUUUUGUCGUAUGUCAUUGUCAAUCUUACAUCCGAAUACUGAAACGCUACUCAAUUUUGAAUUGUACUUAAAUAUCGUGCUAUCUCUAUCUUUUAUAAAGAAUUUGUAGUGACAGAACUAUUUCUGAGUUCUGAGAGUGUUUUAAAAUUGAGUGGCGUUUGUGUAUUUGAAUAUUAUACAUUGAUGUUUCUUUUAUGUCAAUUUGAUUAUUCAACCCAAGACUGGUAGUCUCGACAGUAAUAACGACGAAAUUCUAUCGCUAAGUUGAUCGAUUGUCGUUACCAUUGUCGAGUAUUCCAGCAUUGGAUCACAAAGAUACAAAUAAUGAACAAUGAUCGCGCAGUCUGUCAGAACAAAUAUUUGCCAUAAUUAUUUACUCAAAUUUGACCCAAGUAUCUCAUAGAUUUAGAGUUUAAAA